GGCAACAUAACCUUGUCGUCUUUAUUUCUGAACAUAACCUAGUUGUUUCAUUGACAUCCGCACUGUUUUGCUGCAGUAUGUUAGAAGUCAGCAGCACCGGCUUUUUCCGGGACUUUCACCGACUGCUGCAGUCGAAGGAGGUCGAGCCUUCGCAUCAGUUUUCCGUGGCCGAGUGCGAGUAUUCGAAAAUCGAGCGCUUCUUUCAAUGUAGUGCGGACUUGGAGACGGCCAAAGGCCUGCUCUAUCUGGCCUACUUGCGCCAGAUGGUGCAACGUCAGGUGGAGAACAGGCGCCAGGACGGCGCCCCGCUGGAUGACCAGGUCUACGAACUGGUCCUCAGGACAUUGAAGGAGUUCAAGCUGCAGCGGCGCUUCAACCGGCAGGGCUUCGCCCGCUUGCCUGCCAGCACUCUGGAGAAAAUCGGCCAGGCGGUAGAGAACGUGGUGGAUCGUCUACCGGAGGGUUACUUUGUGCGGCCCCGCAGGGCCUCGGUGAAAAUGGGCGACCUGGAUCCAGCAGGCCGCCCCAAGCCCGUAAACCCGCUCUUUUACGUGCCCUUGCGCGAGAGCCUGCCCGAAAUCGAGAAAUACCUCAGCAGGACGGACAGCAGCAGCAGCAGGAGGAGGAGGAGCUUUUCGCUGCUCUACACCGAUGAACCGAAAGAGGCUCAAAACUACCCGCUGGAAGCGACGUUCAACGUGUACAAAGCCUCCAUCCCCAACUACACCUACGACCAGUUCAGGCGCAUUGUGGAGGAGGAGCUGGCGUCCGGGCAGGGCGACGACGAAGCGGUCGCCUAUUUCCUGGACACUUUCGGGUGCGCAGUCUUUGAGUUUGUCAGCGAAAUCGUCCGGAACCGGCACGGGCGGAUCGACUUCUCCAAAGCGGCAGUUUCCAGAGGCGUGCCGGCGCUGAACAAGAACACAACCGACGCCGUGAUCGCGGGCACGGUGACGGUGCAGUCGGAGAAAGAGAGCAACCUGCUGAAGAAGUUGCGCAAGAUCGAGAAGAAAGAUCGCGCCAAACUGACCGCGGCCGAACUGGAACAGGCCGAGCUCGAGUACGACGCGGCCCGAAAAGCGCCCAUCUUCAAGCGCCAGGCGCCCACGCGCCUCGAUCCUGAACAGUACCCGCAUGUGCACGACCAGAUGAGGGACCACAUGGUGACCAGCAAGUACGAAGGCGUGGCCAUGUUGCAGCCGGAGAACGCCAUCAAGAAAACCACCAGCGACUACCUGGAGUUCACCAUUCCGGGCGCGAAGAAGGGCGACGUUCCGGACAUGCCCGCGGUGCAGGUGGCCGCCCUCGACCCCAUCGGGCGGCUCGUUUUCAAAGACAUCAAACAGCUGAAUCGCAUCCAAUCGGAGGUGUUUCCGGUCGCUUACCAGACCAAUGAGAACAUGCUGGUGUGCGCGCCCACUGGUGCCGGCAAGACCAACAUCGCCCUGCUGGCCAUCGUCCAUCAGAUUCGCUCGCAUAUGGAGGGCAGCUUGAUCCGGAAGAACGACUUUAAGAUAAUCUACGUGUGCCCCAUGAAGGCGCUCGCCACUGAAAUGGUGGCGAACUUCGGCAAGAAACUGGCCCCGAUCGGCAUCCAUGUGAAAGAGUGCACGGGCGACAUGCAGCUGACCAAAAAAGAGAUUCUGGAGACGCAGAUGUUGGUGACCACGCCCGAGAAGUGGGACGUGAUCACGCGAAAAGGGGCAGUGGACUCCGAGGUGGUGGGGCUGGUGAAGCUGCUGAUAAUCGACGAGGUGCACCUGUUGAACGGGUCCAGAGGCCCGGUGAUCGAGGCGCUGGUGGCCCGCACGCUCCGGCAGGUGGUGAGCAGCCAGAGCAUGAUUCGGAUCGUCGCCCUGUCGGCCACCCUGCCCGGCUACCUGGACGUCGCCCAGUUCCUCAAAGUGAACACGCGAAGCGGGCUGUUUUUCUUCGACAACCGAUACCGGGCGGUGCCGCUCACCACCAGCUUCAUUGGGGCGAAAAAGCGCAACGAAUCCGACAUAAUGGACCUGGUCUGCUACGAGAAGGUCGAGGAGUUUGUGCGCGAGGGCCAUCAGGCAAUGGUGUUUGUCACGUCGAGGAACGCGACGGCUGCGGUGGCGAAGCGCUUGAUCGAGCUGGCGCAGGAAAGGGGCACUUUGCGGCAGUUCGAGCCCGAGAAGGGGGUGCGCGUGAACCGAGCCGGCUACAAGAACAGCGAUCUCGGCUACCUGGUGCCGCAAGGCUUCGGGAUCCAUCAUGCAGGCAUGGUGCGCAGCGAUCGGCUGGAGGUGGAGCAGCUGUUCCGCAGCGGGGAGCUCAAGGUGAUCGUCUGCACCACCACAUUGGCCUGGGGCGUCAACCUGCCCGCGCACGCCGUCAUCAUACGGGGGACGCUCCACUAUGACGCCGCCAAAUCCACGUUCGUCGACAUGGACAUGCUGGAUGUGCAGCAGAUUUUCGGGCGCGCCGGACGGCCCCAAUUCGACACUUCCGGCCACGGCAUCAUCAUCACCAGCAUGGCCAACGUGUCCAACUACAUGGGACUGAUGCUGUCGCAAGUGCCGAUCGAGAGCCAGUUCUUGAACUGUGUGCCCGAUAAUCUGAACGCCGAGAUCGUGCUGGGCACCGUCUCCAACCUGCGCGAGGCCAUGGAGUGGCUGACCAACACCUUCCUCUACUGCCGCAUCCGCAGGAAUCCGCUGGUCUACGGGCUGACGUUUAAGGAGGUGUUCGACGGGCUGCAGUUCAAUCGGUUCCUGCAGACGCAGAUCGACAACGCCGCCGCCACGCUGGAAAAGUCGCAACUGAUCCGGUUCGACCCCAGCUUGGGGGAGCUGCGCCCCACCAACUUCGGGCGCAUCGCCAGCUUCUACUACAUCGCGCACACCACGAUGGCGCUGUUCUACCAGCGCUUCGAGCGCUUCAUGUCUGAGGCCAGUCUGCUCAGGCUGCUGAGCGAGGCCUCAGAGUUCCAGCAGAUCCAGGUGCGCAUGGACGAGGUGCACGAGCUGGACCGGCUGCGCGAGUGCAACGAGCUGGACAUUGAGCUGGACUUCGCCAACGUCACCUCCAAAGUGAUCUGCCUGAUCCAGGCCUACAUCAGUCGGGAGCAAGUGCGCGUCUCCUCCCUGGCGUCGGACACCCAGUACAUCAUCCAGACGGUGGUGCGGCUGGCGCGCGCCCUCUUCGAGAUCGCCAAGGACCGCAACUACGCGCUCCAAGUGUCCAGGACGCUGAAGCUGGCCCAGAUGGUCGAGCAGCAGAUGUGGGACCACAUCCAUCCGCUCAUGCAGUUCAAGGAGCUGGUGCCGCACCUGAGCUCGCAUCGCGCCUCUGAGGUGCUCGGCAUGGGCGUGGAGGACCUGAAGGAGCUGAGUGAGCGCGAACUGGAGAGUCUGUUUCGUGCCAAGCAUGUGGCCGCGCGCGUCAAGCACUUUUGCUCCAUUUUCCCGGUCGUCGAUGUGACGCAUGUGGUCAAGCCCAUCACGGAUGGCGUGAUCCGGGUGACGCUGCUGGUGAGCCCCGCAUUCAAAUGGGACCCGCACAUUCAUGGCAACGUGCAGCACUACUACGCCUGGGUGGAGGACCCCACGCACGACGCCAUCUACCAUAUUGAGUCGUUUGUGGUGACGCGCAAAAUGUGCCAGCCGGGCGCCGAGUCCGUUGAGCUGGUUUUCACAGUGCCGCUCACCAAACCGCUCUCUUUGGAGUACUUCCUGCGGGUGGUCAACAGCCAGUUCAUGCAUUCCGAGGCGUUUUUCGUGAUCGACUUGGACGAGCUGAAGCUGUUCACCUCGGACAGCUUCCAGACGCGCAUGCUGGACCUGCAGCCGCUGCCCAAGCACGUGCUGCGCCACAAGCCGUUCGAGGACCUCUACCCGUUCAGCCAUUUCAACGUGGUGCAGAGCCAAGUGUUCCAUUCGUGCUACCACACGGACACGCCGGUGAUUCUGGGCGCGCCCACCGGCUCCGGAAAGACCAUCGUGGCCGAACUGUGCAUGCUGCGGCUGUUCGCCCACAGCCCCGAUCAGAAGGUGGUGUACAUAGCGCCGAUGAAGGCGUUGGUGCGGGAGCGCACCCUCGAUUGGACGGCCAAGUUUGCCAAGAUCCAGAAAAAGGCCAUCGAAGUGACGGGGGACGUGACGCCGCGCUCCGAUCUGAUCCGCUCGGCGCACAUCAUCAUCACCACGCCGGAAAAGUGGGACGCAAUGAGCCGCAACUGGACCGAGAAGGACUUCGUCAAGCAGGUGGGCCUGAUGGUGAUCGACGAGAUCCAUUUGCUGGGCGAAGACCGGGGGCCCGUGCUCGAGGUGAUCGUCUCCCGCAUGAACUGCAUCAACCGCAAGAAGAACACGAAUGUGCGCAUCAUUGGCCUGUCCACGGCGAUGGCGAAUCCGGGCGAUCUGGCCUAUUGGCUCAACUGCGACAAGCGCGGCCUCUUCAACUUCAGCUCGGCGGUGCGCCCCGUGCCGCUCGAAAUCCAUCUGCAGGGCUUCGACGUGAAGAACUACUGCCCGCGAAUGGCGGCGAUGAAUAAGUCGGUCUUCCAGGCCAUUGGCCAGUAUUCCGGCGACGGCAGCGCCCUGAUUUUCGUGUCGUCGCGCAAGCAAACUCGGAUCACCGGCUACGAGCUGAUGAAGUUCCUGCUGACCGAAGGCAACCCGCAGAAGUGGAUGCACUGCGCCCCCUUCGAGCUGGAGGACGCCAAGGCUCGGCUGGUGGACCAGGACUUGGCCCAGCUGCUCGCUUACGGCAUCGGCAUGCAUCAUGCAGGGCUGUGCGAUUCCGAUCGGAAUCUGGUCGAGCAGCUCUACGUGAGCCAGAAGAUCCAGGUGCUGAUCGCCACCGCCACCCUGGCCUGGGGCGUCAACUUCCCCGCCCGCUUGGUGAUUGUUAAGGGCACGGAGUAUUUCGACCCAGUGACCAAACGCUACGUGGACAUGCCGAUCACCGACGUGAUCCAGAUGUGCGGCCGAGCUGGUCGGCCCCAAUUCGACACCAGCGGCUUCGCCUGCGUGCUGGUGCACGAGUGCAAGAAGAACUUCUACCAGAAGUUCCUGUUCGAGCCGUUUCCGGUCGAAUCCAACCUGUUGGAGUCGCUGCCCGACCACGUGAACGCCGAAAUAGCGAACGGCAACAUUGUCACCAAGGCGCAACUGCUGGAGUUCAUCGAGUCGACGUUCUUUUUCCGCCGCCUGCUGGCCAACCCCGGGUACUACCAGCUGGCGGCCGGCGGCGACCCCUUGGAGUACGUGAGCGAACUAGCCGAUGCAGUGGUAGAAACCUUGAAGCUGCACGAGUGUGUGGCUGUGCAGGAGAACGAGGGGGAAUUCCGGGGCGUUUACGAGCCCACCUUUUUGGGGCUGCUCAGCUGCCAGUACUACCUCUCGUUUAAGAGCGUGCAUUUUCUGAGCGAGCAGAUGGAGCCGGAUUGCUCCUUGGAGGAGCUGCUGCUCCUCGUCUGCCAGGUGGAGGAGUACCGGCUGUUCCCGGUGCGCCACAACGAGGACAACAUCAACAAGGAACUGGCCAGGGAGCUGGAGGUGCGCACGGACUUUGCCUUCGACUCCCCCUGCCUGAAGGUGCUGCUGAUGCUCAAGUGCUACCUGCUGGACGUCAGUCUGCCCAAUCAGGAGUACGUGCUGGACCUGAAGUCCGUGCUGGACCAAAUCGUCCGGAUUGUGCACGCCAUGAUGAACCUGGCGGCCGCUCGCUAUUGGCUGGACUGCACCCUGAAGCUCGCCUACUUGUGCCAGAUGCUCAUCCAGGGCCAACUGGCUGCGCAGUCCAACCUCAUCAUGCUCCCCCACAUCAACGCGGGGAAUUUGAGGCAAAUCAACCAGCGCCUGCAGAGCCUGAUUGAGGCCUCCAACAUGAGCGUGAGUGUGCUGAAGGCGCACCGCCAUCUCUCGGGCGGCAUCCAGGACGUGUUCCAGAGCCUCCUGGGCCAGAAGGCGGCCCUGGAGGUGAUGAGGGCCAUCGGCGACCUGCCGCUGCUCACUGUCCAGAGCAGCGUGGUCCGAGGCGCGCUCGCCUUGGACGUCCAAGCCGACCGGGAUUGCGUCACUGUCCGGGGACAGGAGGCGGGCGCCUACGUGCUGCAGCUGGCGCUGACCAGGGACGGCUCCAGCCGCAUGAGCGUGUCGAGCAAGAAGUUCAACAAGCAAAAGGAGGAGUUCUGGUUCCUGGUGCUGGCGAUGGAGGGCCAGUUGGUGUUUCGCAAGUUCGCGAUGACGAGGCGCAGCAAGCGCUUGGAGGUCCCGGUGCAGCUGCGGCGCGGCGUUUAUAGCUACACGCUGUUUCUGAUGAGCGAUUGCUACAUCGGCAUGGACCAGCAGUUGGUUUACCGGAUGAAAAUCGGCCAGUGAUUUGGGGCGCAUUCGCCAUUUUGUAUGUGAUUGGAGUGACUCCGUGCAAAAAGUUUCGACUCCCAGUCGUCUUCAGGCAAUUGUUUGUUGGGUGAUUUAUGGUUAGAAUAAAGGGAGUUUGGAGGAAA